AAAAAGCCACACACACUCUCUCUCUUUCUAUUCAUUGCAUUAACCUACUUAUUCAGUCAUCACCGGAACACUGCAACUGUACAUUAAUGGCGAAAGUUGAAAUACCCUGUUCAGAAACAGAGAGCUCUAAUACUAAUUCCUCAACAACUUCUUCUUCUUAUUCAUUGUCCACUGAUUCCAUGCACAAAUCUGUUUUCAACUCGUCCAAAUCAUUACCGCAAGAGAAGAAACGGCCAGCAAAGCGAACAAAGAAACAGAGAACAAAUACUGAGAGUAAACACCAACUUUACAGAGGAGUGAGGAUGAGAAGUUGGGGUAAAUUCGUAUCUGAAAUUCGCGAACCGAAGAAGAAAUCACGUAUUUGGCUUGGAACAUACCCUACAGCAGAAAUGGCAGCUAGAGCACAUGACGUGGCAGCACUUACUAUAAAAGGAAAUUCCGCUAUACUUAAUUUUCCUCAUCUUGUUAACUUGCUGCCACGUCCACUGUCAACUUCACCGAGAGAUGUUCAAGCUGCUGCUGCUAAAGCAGCUUCAAUGCGUGUCCCAUCUUGUUCAGUUUCAUCUUCAUUUUCUUCGUCUUCGUCUUCACCAACAGUAUCUGCAACUACAAUAACAUCAUCAGCAGGAUCUCCUGAACAGCUUUGCGAGAUUAUUGAGCUGCCUGAUUUAGACAGCAGUGAUGAUCCAAAAACUGAUUUGAGACUGAGUGACUCGGUUGAAGGGUUAUUGUACUCGCCAUGGUGGGCAUCAAAAUGUGAUAGUAGUACAGAUUUUUGUGGUUAUUUUCUGGAGCAGAGUGUAGCUGGGGAGAGUUUAAUUUCUUGCAGCUUUGAGACACUGAAAUGGGCUUGUUAAAGCUGAUCAGUGAUAAUGGAGCUUUUUGGAACUCAGAACUGUGGGCUUUUGCUGUGUUUCUUUUUGUCUUUUUCUUCUGGAUCUUUUGUUGAAUAUCUACGGAAUACUAGUUAGUUACUGUUUGAGUAAAUAUAGUAAAAGUAUCGGUUUAGCUGUCCAUAAACAGAUUUUACCCUUUCCUUA